AGAGCGACUGUCACACGAGACUAGUACCUGAAGCACUUGUGACAAGACGCCGAUGUACCUGCCAACGGUUUACUAACACGGCGAUAACGGUGUCGCGCGCCGCCACGCAUGCUCUCGGAAGCACGUGCUUUGUUGCAGUAACAGUUUGAAAAUUCCAUCUCCGGCCAGUGCUGUUUAUAAAAGUCUUUGUGGGGUUUACUUUCUCUGUGUGGGAGACAUUUCAAUCCGACUGUCAUUGCUUACAUCUGCUGAGGUUCAGCGUUUUCAUUAAGGUGUCACGACAUGGACUGCAAAACUCUGGUGGACAUGCCCACCACCCCACGAACCACCCCAGUCCCAGGAGGCCAGUCGGGUCAAACCACGUACCCGACCCUGGUGCUGCAGGACAUCAACUACUACGUCACGUGCCGGCCAGGGCCCUGGUGGAAGGGAGGCUGUUUCCGUGGGAAGCAGGUGAAACAUGUGUUGCAGAAUGUCACCUUGGACCUUCCUGCCGGACAACUCAUCGCUGUCGCUGGAAGCUCAGGCUCAGGGAAGACCUCUCUCCUGGACAUUAUAACAUUUCGAAACGAGGGCUACGUCACCGGCAAGAUGGCGUACAAAGGCUUACACUGCACAAAGGACAAUAUGCAAAAGAUAUGCAGCUAUGUUAUUCAAGCUGACAGACUGCUGCCCAACCUGACUGUUCUAGAAACUCUCAUCUACUACGCUUAUCUGAAGCUACCAGGUGAAACAAAGAAAUCCAAAUUGGAAGAAACAGUAGAAUCGGUGAUCUCCAGAAUGGGGCUAAAGGGCGUGGCUGAUUCGAGAGUAGGUGGCGCUGUUGUGCGCGGUAUUUCCGGGGGAGAAAGGCGACGGGUCACCAUUGCCAUCCAGCUUUUGCAGGAACCAGAUAUCCUGCUUCUGGACGAGCCAACCACAGGCCUCGACAGUUUCACAGCCCGCCACCUGGUGGCCAGCCUGCAGCAGCUCGCUCGUCAGGGGACGUUAGUAGUGCUUUCCCUCCACCAGCCUCGAUACGACAUCGUCCGGAUGCUGGAUCAGACGAUUCUGAUGUCCAAAGGGCAGGUCGUCUACAGCGGUACAACCUCCAACCUCGUGCCCUACUUUACGAAUCUGGGUCACGAGUGUCCCAGUUACACAAACCCAAUGGACAGAUACAUGGACAUCAUCAGCGUCGACCACGCCAAUUCAGAGAAUCGACUGAACUCUGCUCAGCGUUUGCAGACUCUUGUCGAGGCCUACCAAGCGUCUGACCUCUUCGCUGCAACCAGAGAAAAGGUCGCAGAACAAAUGCGGGGUAACUUUGUACAAGUAGGCAAGAGCUACCGACCAUCGGGCCCCAGCUGGUUCCGGGUGUUUCUGACUCUUGUCAGUCGCAUGCAUGUCAACCUGUACCGCUCUCCCAUGGACCUUCUGGGGCGGCUGUUCCUCAUGCCCGUCUUCUGCCCCUUCCUGCUGAUGUUCUUGGGGCAAAUGAAACACAACCAAAAGUCCAUCCAGGACCGCAUCGGCCUGCUGUACCAGAGCGGCCAUGUUCCUCCUUACUUUGGCCUCUUCAACGCCAUUGGUCUGUUUGUCGCCCUCAGGAACCAUUUCUACAGAGAGGGCUUUGAGGGUCUGUACUCAUCAACAACCUUCCUGCUGGCCUACACCGUCCACAUCGCCCCCUUCAUGGCCCUGUCCGGAGUCAUCUUCUCCUCUGUUCUCUACUGGGGAGCAGGAAUGAACCCCGUGGCUGACCAUUUCGCGAAGUAUUUGGCGGUGGUGCUGAUGUUGCACCUGUCAGGAGAGUUGUUGACCGUGGCCAUCAUGGGGAUCUUCAAGAAUCCUCGUCUUGCCAGUAACACCACGUCCCUCAUUUUCGCAGCCGCUAGCUUGAUCGGGAGUGGGUUCCUCAGGUCCCUUCAGAACAUGCUACAGGUGCUGAAAUACAUGAGCUGGAUGUCUUUUCUGAAGUACUCCAGUGAGAUCUUUGUCGCCCUCGAGUUCCACAACCUGAACCUGACCUGCGAGGACCAGAUGCAAGGCCUUCCGUGCAUCCCCAGCGGCGAAAUCUUCAUCGACUCCAACUACCCCGGGGCCUUGGACCACGAAGCUCGCAACUUCCAGGUGAUGGCAGCCUUCACUGUCGGCUUUUUCGCCCUGGCUGCUGUGGUGUUCAGGAUGGUGGGCAUUCGAAUCCUGCAGUAACCAGGUGACUGUUAAACUGCUCGCCGGUACUUCCAUCCUCUGGACACAGAGUGAGCACAUUGGUUCUUGUUAUUUCCCAUUGUCACUGCGAUUCUCCGAAAUAAACAAAUUAAUUAAUUAAUAAGAACUUUAGAAUAGAGAUUAUGAGCUAAUCGGAUAAUUUUCAAGCAUAAUUUUACAUCUAGUCGUAUUCCCGACUAGAGAUCAUUUGUCCUCGAGAUCCAAGCUGUACAUUUUCAUCUCAAACUAAGAAAACUUUUGAUAUAUAUAUAUACUUUUGUGCGAGAUUAAUACUUCUUUUACUUACAGAUCAUUAACUUCUGUUGUCAUUGACAGUCCGACAGUUUGCGAUUUUCCUUUAAAUUUAUAUUGUUUUGCCGUGAAUGGGUAUCUGACUCCAUCAGAGGCUGGGAAUAUGUGAAGAAAAGAGAAGAAGAAGAGAUGGUAACCAUCCUCACGAAAUAGCUGGUCCCCGAGAAAGGUAUGGUCUCACUCCCCAGCGACUUAAAAUAAAGUGUGUGGAGGGAGGAUGGAGGGUAUGGAACGACCUUUUACCUUUUUGUAUUAAUCUGUAAAAUAGGGACUCAACGGAAAUAAUCAAAUAUUGACACUCACUCUUCAACCAAUCUAUCUUAUGAAAAAAUUCUCAUUCGUCAUGUAUCUGAUUGUCGAUUAUAUCUUCUUCCUAAAUCAGUACAGUGCCCGCCCGACUGAUUAGGUUUAAUGUUUUUUUUUAGAUUAAAAUAUAACCAACUUUCUAGCGGGAAUAUAUUAGCGCCGGUAUGAACGGUUUCCUGUUGUUUGUUUGUUACAUUCAUGAAAUCACAAUAUUUACUUGUCAAGAAAAACUUUGGGAAACAACUUGAUAAAGUUAGCAGAUAAAGUCUGCCAUCUUGGAAGCGUGUUAGGUAUUUGUGUACAAACAUGACGUCACGAGUUUAACGUCUUUCUGUGAACGAUAGGCGGGUAUCUCGAGUGAGGAUGGGUGUACGAAUCCUGACUUUGGGAAAGAGUAUCUUGAGUAGUUCAGUCGCUGUUUAAUUUACACAGAUUCCUUUCAUCUUUCAUUGUUUUUAAAAGCAUCAAAUAUUUUAUGUACAGGAUUUUGGUUUUGUAUGUCAAGAUCCGUGAAUUAUAUAUCAACAAGCACAUUUUUUUCUUAAAGUAUUUGAAAGAAAUACUGCAGGCAUGUUGAAACUGAUAUAUUGCACUCUUCUUAACCUUCGUCCUGAAAUGCAUUGCAAUGCAAUUUACUUGGUUGUCGAUUGAGGUGAAGACUCUGUACCAGAUGUACACGUUGAGUACUCUGUGUAUAUUUUAUUUACACAAAAUAAUUUACACUGUUUACAUUUGUGUUUCUUUACACCUUUUCUGCAUUAAAAGUUUUUAAAAAA